AUGAGAUUCGUUUCAUCUAUCGCUGUGUUCAUUACAUUGCUUGUGGUCUCUCAGGCCCUCACUGUCCCACUCUCAUUCCGCCCAGCUUCCCGCGAGGCAUUGAGAAGGAUUCCACACAACCUCCAGAAGAAGUACAACAACAUGCUGUUGGGUGGCUCUGGAACUACCGUCACAAUCACUGACUACGAUGAUGCUCAGUACUACGGACCAAUUACCAUUGGAACCCCAGGCCAGUCCUUCUUGGUUGUCUUUGACACUGGUUCCUCCAACUUGUGGGUGCCAUCCAGCAAGUGCCCAGUGACCGUCGUUGCCUGUGACCUCCACAGCAAGUACCACUCUGACAAGUCCCACACCUACGUUGCCAACGGAACCACCUUCUCCAUCCAAUACGGAUCUGGUGCCAUGGCCGGUUUCAUCUCCCAGGACACCGUCACCGUCGGCGACCUCGUCAUCCAGAACCAGCUUUUCGCUGAGGCCACCGCUGAGCCAGGUAUUGCCUUCGACUUCUCCAAGUUCGACGGUAUCCUCGGUCUUGCCUUCCAGUCCAUCUCGGUCAACAACAUCCCACCACCCUUCUACAUGAUGAUGGACCAGGGUCUCGUUUCCCAGCCACUCUUUGCCUUCUGGUUGUCCAAGACCCCAGGCGCAAACGGUGGUGAGCUCACUUUCGGUUCGAUCGACUCCUCCAAGUACACUGGUGACAUCACCUACUUGCCACUCACCAACGAGACCUACUGGGAGUUCAAGAUGGACGACAUUGCCCUCAACUCAAAGUCCCUCGGCUACUGUGGUCCACUCGGUUGCGCUGCCAUCUGUGACUCUGGUACGUCCCUCAUUGCCGGUCCAAAGAAGCAGAUCGACGAGCUCAACAUCCACCUCGGUGCCGUCGUCUUCAACGGUGAGGGAAUCUUCCCAGACUGCAGCAUCAUCAGCAAGCUUCCAAACAUCGAGAUCACCCUUGCUGGUCGCGUCUUCAACCUCACCCCACAGGACUACGUCCUCCAGAUCACCUCCCAGGGUCAGACCGAGUGUCUCUCUGGUUUCAUGGGCAUUGACAUCCCAGCCCCAAUCGGUCCACUCUGGAUCCUUGGUGAUGUCUUCAUCUCAACCUACUACGCCAUCUUUGACUUUGGCAACAAGCAGGUUGGUUUCGCCACCUCCGUCGCCGCCUCAGCUAUUUAA